AUGCUUUGCGCACUCUGCCUCUCGAUGUUUUCCAGCGGGCGACACGCUGGAUUGCAUCAUGCGUGCAUCGAAGAUUUGGGAAAGGCCGCGAAAGGCGGUUGUAAGAUAUGCAGCGCACUCCUUCUGCGACGCUCUGAAUUAAGCCCAGACCCAGAGAAUGAAGAAACAGCCAUGCCUUUUCUCAGCUACAAGUGGGCUCCUGACGCCAACUUUAUUCCCUCCAAGAGCGGCAAUGGUUCGCGGCCACGUUGUUGGGAAAUACAGUUUGACUCAAAAGUUCGCUGGUUGAAUUGGGGUGAAAUGCCCUGGAACGCCAUCUACAUACACGUCUCCUACAAAAGUGAAGCAGUACCUGACUGGUACGCUAGACUUUCAGGACAUGCUGCGAGCGACCUCGAUUCAGAGCCGUGGAGAGUCAGAAGAGAAAUGUUCCCACUCAGGCGGAUUCCGGACAGUACUGGACACAAAAGCGUCUUGGAAAUUGGUAAAAUGUGGAUGGAAAAUUGUGAACGCUCGCAUAAUUGCGAGAUAUCGAACGGGCCAGUUGAUUCCGAAUGGUAUCCCAAACGUCUGAUCUACAUCCCUGAAGCGACUUCGCCCCGCCUGUUGGAAACGAGUUCAGAACGUCCUCACGGUCGUUACGCAACAUUGAGCCAUUGCUGGGGUUCAAAUCCAAGCUUCGUCACCUUGACAAGUGCGAACUUGAACCAUUUUCGCCGCGGGAUCCCCGUUGAUAUCCUUGCCAGCAGCUUUCGUGACGCAAUGGUUAUCUGCAAUCGGUUAUCCAUUCGAUAUAUAUGGAUAGACAGUCUUUGCAUUCUGCAAGAUUCCGAAUCAGAUUGGCUGUUCCAUACGGAAGAGAUGUCAUCGAUCUAUCGGAACUGUUACCUCAAUUUAUCUUUCGACGCCGCAGCAAAUCCCGAGCAAGGCGCGUUCAGGCAAAGGAAUCCCGACAUUAUCCAGGAAUGCUGCGCUUUUUCGGUAAUUCCAAGGGCCAGAGUCACUCCACGUAGCUCAGACAGCGAAGUGUCGGGAACUUCAUCCAACGAAGCCUUAUCUGACGAUUCCUUGAAGAGCAGUUCAGAUGAUGGGGAGAAUAGCAAUGAUGGCCCUGUUGAGGCGAGUUCUAGAGAGUCAGAACCAGCCAAUGCAGGAGAGUCUUUAAGGCGUCCGUUCAAUUGCUUCCCAGGUGGAAAGCCAGAUUGGAGUCCAUCAGACCAUUUUGGCCAGUGGGCGAACAUAGUCGGUGAGUACAGUGGAUGUCUACUCACAUAUCCAGAGAAGGACAAGCUCGUGGCCUUGGCAGCAGUAGCACAGCGUUAUGCUACUGUGUUUGGCGAGGAGUACUACGCUGGACACUUCCGAGUUACCAUACCUUCGGGUUUGGGAUUCAACCACUCUCUAAUCGACAUGGAGAGCGUGAUCGUGGUUCUGGUGGAUGAAUCACACAAAUAUGGUCCAGAAAAUAUCGAGAUGAGUGUUCCGACUUCUGGCAAGAUAUCAGAACAGUCCAUGUACUUGAGAUAG